AUGGCCAACUCGAAGCCAAGAAAUCCUGGCAGCGAGACUUUGAGCGCCAACCAUUGCAGCUCCAUUCGACAAAACGGCGACAAAAUUCCAAGCAAGUGGACCGGUGACGACAGGUAUGUGGAUGAAAGGUUGGGUUCGGAGAUGCCGGAAGUAGAGCGACGUCAAGUUGAACGAGUUUAUAACGAGCAUCAGCUCGCCGAUCCAGAAGAGGGAGUGCACCCACAGAAGGAUAAAUGCGGACGUGAGAAGAUUGUGUACGAUGAAGUGAGAGCCGACAUUCGCGGCGACCUUGACUAG